AGAGGGAGGUCCUAUGGCGGCCCUCCCCCGACAGUAUAAAGUCGUGUUAGGACGCAUCAAUUGGUAGGUUUAACAACAUUUUGAGCGCAGUCGAGCCACUUCUGCUCACUUCCUAAUAUGAAUGAAGUUGGCAAGACGGGCGCACGACACUGUAUCCUUUCUUUUAGUGGACGCCAUUUUAUUUCAGCUUGUUUAAAUUCUUAUUAAAACAUUUGUCAUGGACGAGGACAGCAAUGUGUUUCCCGAAUUGAAGGACAUCGAAACUAAGAUGGGUCGUAAAGUUCCGGAAAGUCUCAUUCGCUGCCUUGUCGGAGGACAGCACGACAACAAUGCGACAUCAGCAGCAGCGCGUGUCGGGUAUGGCAAGAUUCAAGCAAGUUCUGCGGAUUUUAAACGGCUGGAGAGUAAAAUGCUCCUCCUCAAACAAGAAAUGGCCAACCUGCGCGCCAUCGACGUCAAGCUAAUGCAUCAGCUCCUGUCCAUCAAUGAGGGCAUUGAGUCCAUCCGCUGGAUGAUCGACGACAAGGGGGGCGUGGCCAGCCAAGAGGGCAGCCUGUCGGGGAGUCUGUACAGUUUGUCCGACAGCCAGGAUGGCGUCUCGCUGGGAGGCAGCCUCAGCAGCUUGAACGACGCUAACAGCGAUGGUCUGGAUGCUCUGUCCGUGGGCAGCUAUCUGGACACGCUCACUGAAGAUCUCCCAGAAGACUCUUCACCAUCCAACCUGGACUGUUUGGUGGAUAAAUCCUUAAUAGAUGGCCACGCCUUCAGCAAAUCGCCACUGAAACUGGGGGUGGAAUCCGAUGAAUACUACUGCUUUGGAUAAAUAACGAUGCUCGCAGAGAUAUUUAAGGUUUUUUUUUUUAUAUGUGUGGUCUUGUUUUUUUUUAAUUAACACAUGCUCACUUGACUCAUUCGUGUGACCUUUUUUGUCCUUUUAAAUUCUGUAACUUGUCACACCUCACCAAACCACUUAUGGUCACACCCAAACCUCUUUACCUGUUCUGCUCUUUGUCUUUAUGGUAACCUUGCUUGUCAGGUGCAUAGAACCUAUUUAUUUACUUAAUUUAUUCAGUACUGUACACUCAGAAAAUGUAGCACACCCAGCUCUCCAAAGGACCAGUGGCUUUUGUUCCCGUGACUGUGGACUUUUGCAAUGUGGGAAGUCCAGUCAUAACUCCUAAGUUGUUCACAUUUCACGACAAAGUCAAAAUUUUAGUACAAUUGUUUCUUAUUUGGUGGUACACUAAAAGUUUCUACGUUUGGAUCCUUGGCUGUUAACUUUGAGAACUUGAGAACAUACAUAUAACCCUUCAGUCUCCGAAAAGGUGCUGUAUAGUCCAAUGAUUAGUCCAAAGGGGCAGAAAUGUUAGGCUAAUUUGAUUAUUGGACACAAAUUGCACUUUUCAGAUUUACAAUGGUUUGUUUUUUGGGAAGUAACCUCAUAGUUACAACUUUGUACCCUUGACACUUGACUUUAACAAUUUGGGAUUAUGACGAAUUCAACCUUUAAGAGGUACCAUGGUUAGUUUUUUGUGUGGUAACCUCGAAGCUACUUUGGGAGUAAAGGAGGGGAGCAAGAUUUGGCAUUGGACGUUUCAUGCUGAGUGAUUCAGGAGGUUUUAAUUGGUGUGUUCAGGUGCCAAAUCCUGAGCAACACCAACCACAAAUGGUCAUUAUUAAAUAAAGGUUAUUCUCAUAAACCUCAAGCAGAGACUGUAGUCCGAAAGUAAAAAAAAAAAAAAAACAAGAUUGAGUGCACAUUUACAGCACACAUGCUUGACUGAAAACCAAAGCUAUACUCAUUGUCUCGUAGAUAAUUUUAGCCUGAGGGGAAUUGUUGAUGGUGUUCAUGUGUGAAACACAUGUUUGCCGUGCGGGCACAUUUUUUUUUUAAACAUAAAAAUUUACAUUAAAAACAUGUCAUUUUUAGCUUUAAACGGUGUGAGUUGCUGCCUUGUUUUGUACUGAUUACUGAUGAUUGUUACUGAGUAAAUGGCAUAAUAUAUUUGUGAUUUGUUACUCGAGGUUCACUGUCUUUUUUUCUUGUUAGUAAAAUGGCUUGGUGCUCCAAAAAUGAAGCACUCACCGUGUCCCAUUAGUUCCACAGAGGUACGCUCCCUUAAUCCAGACACUUUAAACAUGCUUGUAACUUUGUCUCACCGCAAGUGCAAAGCUGCUUGAUUUGGGUUUAUGCUGCCUUUAUCUAAUGCAAGCUUUGGGAAGCUUUACUCCCCAAACAGUAGAACCCUUCUUAAUGGAAGCUCACGCUAAUUACAAACACAGAAUGUUGAUUUUUACCAUUCUUAUCUUUAUUAUCAAUACAGUAAUAGUUUUUUGACCUACUAAGGAGGUUCGGCUCGUUUUUUAUUGUCUUUUUGGGAAGAUCCCUGAUGACUUUUAAUUGCAUUUCAAACAGGAUACAACACUUGUUCUAGAUAUUUCCAACAAUUGCAUACAAGAGGUGUGAUAUGUUAUAUAGCAAAUGAAAUAGAUUGCUUUUGAGAUGCAUGUAUGCUAAGGAAGAACCUCUUUAAUUUCAGUGUGUAUUAUUCUGAGAAAUAUAUUGGCUACAAUUCCAGUCUAUGCAGGUAGUAAUCGCUUCACUUUUUUUUUGCAUUAUUUCUAAUGUGGCAAUAGUUUUUUUUCUGAAUGUACUGAAUUCCUGCUACCUCCAAACCAAGAGAAAACAAACCAGCAGUCUACCGUCAAAGUUUCGUGUUUCUGUUUGCAAUGACAGUUCCACAGUUGGUUGACAACCCGCGGCUUACAGGAAAACUGGACUUUUUUUGGAAUUUCGCCCGUCAUCCACAAUCCUUAUGUGAGACAUAAACACGUCGUUCUGUUUUCUGUGCAUUCUAAAGAUAUAAAAACAGAUAAAAAGUCUCAAAAAAGCGCCAACAACGCUCCAUUGACAUAUAAUGUGACAUGCAUAUGAACCAAGCUACAGCAUCAUUGUUAUUAGUUUGAACAUUGUUAAGCCGAUUCAAGUACAUUACUGGCGUACAGUAUUGACACUUAGCUAUACCACACUGGCUAGCUACUACUCAGCGUCGCGCUCACAGCGCCUCAGACGCUACCUAAAGGCAAGGCUACAUAUUCGAAAUGCCACCACUUCUACUGUGUUUUUAUUGCCGAGUUUGGAAAAGUUAACGCUAGGUGUAGGCGUUCAUUUCUACGACGUUGCUGUGUGAAAUCAAUGCGCUGAGCAAGGAAGCUCUGGUAAUGCUUAGAAUGGUCGAAAUAAGCAAAAUACUGUAGGUAUUACAUGUUAUCAUGGAUGUACCUGUUACUACAUGGUCAAAGCAUGUAUAUACAACCAAAAAACCUUGUUGGAGGUUUUUGGAGAUGUUUAAAUAGCAGUCUUUGUAGGCGGAUCCCAUUACAUGCACUACAGAGCUGUCUGUUUUUAUCUGUUUUUAUAUCUUUAAAACAUGCAGAAAAGCGAAAGACGUGUUCAUGUCUCCCAUAAGGAUUGUGGAUGACGAGCAAAAUUCCAAAAAAAUGCAGUUUUCCUGUUAAAGUAACCACAACAAAGAGAUGAAGAUUGCAAAACAAUGAUAGUACAAGUAUUUGCAACUGACUACAAUUACAUUCCUUUACAGUUGAGACUUAAAGCAGCAGGGAGCCUUCAGCAAAUUCAACACCGUGGCCAGGCUCGUGCUCUAAAAUGUAACUAAGACCGUCUGGAAUCUGGGAAACUGUCACCAAAGCCACCAUGUGAGGACACAGGAUAUGGGUUAUCUGAGUAAGGGUUGAGAGGGGAGGGAGGGAUCAAAAGCAAGUCAAAGCAGGCGGUCGGUGGUAAAUAUACUCAACUGUCAAGCUACUGCAUCCUGAUGUAAUUAAGAGCGGUCUCUGUCUUUCUUCGGAUUACCAAAAACUAAUUACCAUUAAUCCGUGUCUUUUUAAAUACAGUACAGUGGAAACCCCGCUUUUUUAAAAUCAUUAAUCCCUCAUUAAUCCAAAAGGUCCAACGAAAACUGAAAAGUACGAAAACAGAAUCCAUUUUUCCUAUAAGAAAUCAUGCAAAUCCAAUUAAUCCCUUCAACACACCCAAAAAUAUUCACACAAAACAUUUUAUAGAGAAAAGUAUGGUUUUACAUGCAACGAUGUGGAAUACAUAUAAAUGAUGAAUGAAAUAGAUGAACAACUAACUCAUUUUUACCUAUAUUGAAGACUCACGUGAACACACGAUGGGUGGUGACAGUAGGGGAGGGGACAGAAGAGCCAUGCGGGCGCUGUUUUACGUUAACUACGUUACGUUACGUUAACGUAACUUUAAACCCAACUAAGAUUGGUCUGUUAGAGAUGCAUACUUAGCUCCUUGAACUUUAUUGUAAACUUCAGCAGCAGGUACAAUCAUUAUUACGCACACCCAGCUCACUUUCUGUCACGUGUCUCUCUUAAACUGUUCCCUCUGCAACAUGUGUUAAUUAGGAACAUUUACAAAUACAAUCCUAAUGUAACAGAUGCUACCUUUGUACUUUGCUGCAACUUCUUUCUUUUUCACCUUCUUUAUCAACG